AUGACACAAGAAAUACAGGACAUAUACAUAGAUGAUAGUGGUAAUAUGCAAUUUGGUGAUUAUAUUUUGGAGGAAAGGACAGAAACAAAAGAACUUGAAGAGGAAAAUACAUUAACUCAAAUAUUAAAAAAGUUGGUUGAAAGAGAUUCUAGUAAACAAAAUUUAAAAUCAUUAUCAGAAAAAUGUAUGAUUGAACAGUAUCCAUAUAAGAAAGCAAAUGCAAACCAAUGGAUGGAAGCAUUUGAACAAGAAUGUGAACGUUUUUAUAUUACAGAAGGUGAAAGGAAAAUUGAAAUGCUCAGAUAUUUUUUGGAUAAAGCUACUUUGGACUGGUAUAACUCUAUGAUGAUGAAAGUAACAAUAAAGGCAGAAUGGAGUAUAUGGAAAAAAGGCUCCUUGGUAGAUUAUGCAGUAAAGAAAGAACGAAUUUUGUUAGAAGUAAGAAAAACAAUUGACUUAGGAACAUUAAUUGAUAUUAAAGCUGCUGGUCUACCAAAUAACAUUUUACAUAGGAUUGAAAGAGAAAGUUUAAAAGAAAUAGAAGAUCUAUUCAAUGAACUGAAUAAAUAUGAGUAUUUAACAAAGAAUAAAAACUUUAAGAGAGUACCGCAAGCUCAACCGUUCCCGUUAAUUGAAGAUUUGAUGGUAAAAACAAGAAAUUGUAAUUAUUUCUCAACAUUAGACAUCAAUUCAGCCUUCUGGUCGAUUCCACUACGAGUUGAAGAUAGGAAAAAAACUGGCUUUGUGACACAAGAAGGUCACUAUCAAUGGACUUGUCUACCAUUUGGCCUAAAGACCUCACCAGAAAUUUUCCAAAGGAUACUAAAAAAGGUCAAUGUUUCUUGUGGUCAGAAGAAUGUCAAAAUUCAUUUUGAAAAAGUAAAAGAAUUAUUAUGUACUCAACCAAUUCUGGAAAUAUUUGAUCGAGACUUGCCAAUAAAUAUCCAUACAGAUGCAUCUUUGCAAGGUGUCGGAACAAUUUUAAAACAAACGCAACCAGACGAUCACAAACCAUUGGAAAAUCUUAAUAUUAAAUCUCGAACAGAUGAAGAACUAGGAGAUUUAUGUUACUAUCUAUCACAGUACGAGUUUAAAAUAAAAUAUGCCCCAGGAAAAGGAAACCUAGAAGCUGCCUGUCUGAGUAGAAAUCCAGUAUUAGAAACAAACCAAAACGAAGAUGAACAGCUGAAACUUGUUAACUUGAUAAAAGUAGAAGACAUAACAGAUCAAGAAAAAAAUAAAAAUAUACAUGAAAACAUGUGCCACAUAGGGACCAAACAAAUGCAAAAAAAGAUUAAUCCAUUUUACACAGCAAGAAACCUAACAAAGAAUAUUAAAAGCAUAUGUAAAAGGUGUACAGUAUGCAUAAAGAAUAAAUCAAGGGGACAGGACAAAAUAGGAUUAAUGUCACAUUUGGGUCCGUCCACAAAACCAUUCGAAAUAGUCUCUAUAGACACAAUUGGAGGUUUUGGAGGUUCACGGUCCACAAAAAAGUACUUGCAUCUUUUAGUAGAUAACUUCACACGAUAUGCAUAUAUUGUAACAUCAAAGACUCAAAACGCAAAUGAUUUCAUUAAAUUAGUAAGAAAUAUCACUGAAAUAAAUAAUAUAGGUAUGAUUUUAACAGAUCAAUACCCAGGGAUCAAUUCAAAAGAGUUUAAAAAGUUUCUGGAUGAAUCAGCCAUACCAAUAAUUUUCACUGCAGUAAAUGCACCAUUCUCUAACAGUUUAAAUGAAAGAUUGAAUUAG